AUGAGCCUAAAGCAGUGGAUGCCGCCGUAUCACCUGGGGGAACGACUAAGCCCCAAAGCCGACCUCAACUUGAUUCUCAUGACCACAACGCUUGUGAACUUUUUGGAUCUGUUUCAACUCUCAGCUGUACUUUUUGGUCUCUCAGAUAUUGAAAAGGCGUUGGAUUUUACCAGCGAUGAUAUCAACUGGGUGUUGAUUGUUUACAAUAUUACUUUUGCCGCCUUCCUGCUUGUCGGUGGCCAAUUGGGCCAGAAAUUUGGCCUCGAGAAAACAUUCAUUUCCGGGGCAGCAACUCUUACAAUAUCCAACAUUAUCAAUACAGCUGCCCCGAACAAAGCGGCUCUGCUUGCCGGCCGUGCAAUCUCUGGGAUUGGAGCUGGAUUGACUGCACCCAACGGACUUGCCAUCCUGAGUAGGACCUUUCCAGAUGGCAAUUCGCGAAACACCGCACUGGCAAUUUACACAGCUUGUGCCCCAUUAGGGUCUACCAUCGGGACCGUGGUCGGGUCUCUUCUCUCUUCAUCCUCCGCCGGAUGGAGAUCUAUAUUUUGGCUAUGUCUUAUUCUCACCGGGCUGGCGCUCGUGCUAGCAUGUCUGUUCCUACCCUCCUUUGACCGGCAAAGAGAUGUUCCAAUCGACAUAUUGGGAAGUGUGGUCUUUGUGAUUGGAGUCGCUUUACUGGUCUAUGGUCUCAAUGACAGCCCAAGUAACGGAUGGGUUUCCGCGCCUGUUCUUGUUGGAAUCAUUCUAGGAGCCUGUCUAUUGGGCGUCUUUGUUCUCAUCGAGAUGAAGGUUUCCAAUCCCUGUGUUCCUCAAUAUGUUUGGCAGAGCUUGCCUUUCUUUCUGAUGCUCGUCGCCAUCUUCGCUUUUGGUGGCAGCUUCAGUUCAUGGUUUUUCAUCACUACUCAGCUUUGUGUCAAUCUCUUGGGUUACACACCAGUUCUCACUGCGGUCUAUUUCUUGCCAGGCGCCUUCUCGGCAAUUGCCAGUGGGGCUUUAGCCGCCCCAAUGAUCAAGUUUGCUGGAGAGAAAAUGACUCUUGUCGUCGGUCUUGCCAUUACAGCAGCAGGUGCUGUAGCUUGGGCAUUUGCCACCCCCAAUCUUGCUGGUGGCACUGGUCAUGGUGAAGGAUACUGGUACUCCAUCGUGGCUGCCAUAAUCUUUGUCUGCGGCAGCCCCGUUGCGAUGGUUCCAGCCCAAAGUAUUCUACUUCGACAGGUUGAAUCAGCCAAUCAUGCUGUGGCUAGCGCGCUAUUCAACACCGCUUAUCAAGUCGGGGCCAGUGUCCUUCUAGCAGGUGCUAACGCCUUCAUGAAUGGAAAUCAAAAGCCCGUUCAUGGAGUUAUGAUGGUAUCGAUGGCUGGAUACCGAAAUGCGUUCUGGCUAUUAACCGGAGUGCUUGGAGCCGCAGCAGUAAUUAUUGCUGUUGGAUACUGGCCUCAAAAAGCAAGACAGUCGGAGACACUCAUGGAGGAAGCCAGUGCAGACGAGGAACAGCAGGAAAUGAAGGUUUAG